CAGCUCGACUUCAGCAUGCGGAUUGUGUCCUUUAUCCAGUCUACGCUGAUUGUAGUGCUGGCAAUCCCGCUCUUCGACAACAAAUACCUCAACCAGGACCGUGUUUUUGCGACCACGCCGUACUCUGAAAUGUACAGCACACUGGCCGCGAGCUAUUUUGUGUGGGACACGGCGAUGUCGCUGCGUCAUCUGCAGCACUUCGGGCUGGGCUUUCUGAUCCACGGCGUCAUGGCCAGCACUGUCUUUCUGUCUGGCAUCCGCACCCAGAUGAUCCACUACUACAGCCCGAUUUUCCUGCUAUUUGAGGUUUCGACGCCGUUUUUGAACCUGCGCUGGGUUGCGCUCAAGUUCCCCGAGCUCGUGCCUCAGUGGCUCGCGCUGGCCAACAAUAUCGUGCUGAUCUCAACGUUUUUCGGAGCAAGAAUCUUCUGGGGAUGGUACCAGAUCUACAGGCUGGCCGGGGACCUCUACGCCGCGCGACACGACCCGCGGUUCGUGCUGUCGACGGCCAUCAUCAUUCUUUCGACAAAUUUCGUCCUUGACAUUCUGAACGCGUUCUGGUUCAGCAAGAUGCUGACCGUGGCA